GCCCUCACAGCGAGGAGUGCAGCCUGGGGUCUGACCGGGGAGCUGGGGGGCUUUCCGAAGGGGAGUUGGAGUUGGCCUGGGAAGAGGGGAGGGCCUUUCUGGUGACGUCUGUCCACUCUAGGUCCCAGGUUUGGGCUGGAAGAAAGCCCUCUUUGUUAUGCUCUGCCCUGAUCCACUGCUUAACUAGGUUUUUCCCACCUGCCUGCCCAAGCUCGUGGGGGACCAGGAGUUCAUUCACUGACAUAGUGAGCGUGGACUGGGGCCACCCGCCGUGGGAGGGGGAGUGUAUAUGCAGGCACAUGCAUUCUCUGGAGGAUUCUGUUGCCUUCUUGAUCUCCUGGACCCCUAGGCUUCUGCCUUUUUACUUCUGGGAACAAAUAACCCGCACUUCUUUCUGCUGAAGAUGAGCUAUUUUGUAGGCCAUUGAAGCCAGUUCCUGAAAGGGUUGAGUUGGUGGUUAAAAAAAAAAAAUCUGAUUGGAAAGCAGUAGAUGACAGCAGCUAAGUUACUGAGCCUAAAAAGCAAUGACGCUGAGAGGCCCUGACAGCACUUGGACAGCAGACAGCAAAGGCAAGAGAAGAAUUUCUAUUUUUCCUCGGCCAGUGGAAUUAAAACUUUCCUAUUCUGUAGGAUAAACAGAGGGAAACCGAAUCCCUUUUUCCUAAGUACUUAUCUAACUGUAAUACUGAGAUGUGAGCCAGGUCAUGUGGCUUUUGUUUUUCCAUUGCUUAGUCAAAAGCCCCCUUCAAACUACUUGGCUCCAAUACAAUGGACCAAAAAAAAAAAAAAAACAGAGAGAGAGAGAGAAAGAAAGAAAGAAACCACCUGCAUUGAUUGGAUUUAAAUAAUGGAAUUGCCAUUAAUAUCUUCCAUAAAAGAUGAUUGAUUCUGACUUGGAUUUAUGGAAAGUUGGGGCUCGUAAAAGUAAACAGAGUGGCAGCCGUUCAAUAUUAGUGCUGGUUCCUGCACCUCCCUCCUCGGGCUGGUGAAUGGAUGGGCUCCCAGCCUAAGGCCCCCAUGCCAGCAGCUAGGUCACGGGGUCCUCUGGAGGGUGGGGGCAGCCCUGUGCCAAAUCCAUCACCAGCCGUCCUGGUCCAGCAGGACUUCCCUCCUUCGCUUCAGAUUCUAGUGUGAAGCCCACGGCUCCGGCCUCUGGGGACACCAGCAGCUUCCAGCUCUGCUCUGGGGAAGUCCAAUGCCCCUCCUAGGCAGAGGACCCUCAAUGGCCCAGGGAGUCCCUCCGUGGGUGAGCUCCAAGCCCUGCUAGGUGGGUGGGUGUGUGAGCGACGCCUGCCUCUGAGCUCUUCUCUCCUUACACCUGAGAGCUCAGAUGGACCAGCCUUCGGUGCAAGUGCAGGCACCUUUAGUGUGGCCUGGGGGUUCAAGAGGAGUUUCUCCAGUGAUUCUUUCCUCCUGCUUGGGAAGGGGCAGAGGGGAUGGCCUAGGCCUGCAAAGUGGUGGCAGGGCCCCGAGUGGCCUCAGGAGACAGAGGAGGCCAGGGGUUGUCACCUGAGUCCCAGUGCUGUUAGCACCCACCCAUGCAGGGCUCCCACCUGUCUGGGCCACCGCUCAGCCCCUGCUCUCCUGGCUCCUAGGAGCUGCCACAUUCAUUCCGGCCUCCAGCCCCCAGGUGCUACUGAUCUCCUGUUCCAGCUGUGCACCAGCGAUGUCCAGGCCCAUCCCCUGGACUCUGUCCAACACGUCCUCCAGCCCCUCCACCAGACGCCCCUUAGGAGCCCUAAGACCUCACACAACCCCAUCCUUCCUCAAACACACUCCUCUUCUCUGCCCCCACCUCUGGGAAUGGCAGCGCCAUUCACCCAGUCCCCGAGUCAGAAGCAGGGAAGCACCUCUCCACCCCAUACUACAGGUUCUCCUGUCUGUCUCCAUAGUAACCCUGUCCCCCAUCCUUCCCAACCGUCCCCACUGCUCCUGGCUUCCAUCAGCAGAUCCCCACCCAUUCUGACUGGAUAGCCGCCACGGCCUCCCUGCCUCCACCUUUCCCCCUUCCAGUUCAUUCUGCACUGGCCCCGGAGGGAUCUCUAGGAUGCAGAUCACACUGCCAGUCUCCCCCAGUCCCUGUGGGCCAAAGUCCAGAUGCCUGUGUCCCCCUCUGCUGAAAGCACACCACCCAUGACCAGUGCUGUGUCCUCCUCCUAGAUGGCCAUUCUCGGCCCUCCCUGGGCUUGUCCUCCUCCCUGAGCUCCCUUGCCAUGCUGCCCACACCUCUAGUGCAGGAGAGGAAGUGGACCUUUGAGGCCCUUCUGUGCAGGACAUGUUUGGGGCUGCCAGCCUUGUGCACCCCACCUUCUGAAAACUGUCUGCACCCACCCACAACCCCUGCUGUGUGACCCAGCAGCCUCAGCUUCCUGGACUAGGGGUGGGUGCCUGACUUCAAGGCUGCCAUCCUGUUGGCCAGCAACGCAGGACUGAUCGGUCUGACUUUGAGAAAUGAGCUGGAGCAUUGGCUCUCUCUCCUUUGGAAUGGGAGCUAAGAGAACCAGAGAGUUCCAUUUGGGGCUGGGCCCUUUAGGCAGAUGGUAAUGCAAAUGCAAGACAAGAGCAGUUAUUCUGGGGCUGUGUGCAUAACAAGGUGGAGUCUCAAAGGCUGAUUGGGAAGGAAGGAAAAAGGGAGGUGAUGUCCCAACAGAAGGGGUUUGUGGAGUGAGAGAGACAGAGCUCAUUGCAGCUGGUCCCUGACGCUCUUUCUUGUCUCUGCCUGUCUGCUGGGUUCCUUGGAGGCCUUGCCGUGGCUUUACAGUAUUCCUCCCCUUAGCGUGAGCUGGUGUGGAUGGGUGCUCUUUAGUGAAACCAAAAGACCCUAGCUAAAAUGACUUUGGAGCACCUUGCACUAAUCCUGCCAAGCAGCAAUUUUUAUUCCCAUUUUUAUACGUGUCAACUGAAGUUCAAAAAUACGCAGUAACAUGCUCAAUCAAGGUCACAGGGCAAGGAAGUGAUAGAGCCAAGACGCAGACCAACAGUUGUUCUCAUGUGGAGCCAGCGCUCCUGUUUCGCCACGUGCCACCUCCUCUGUUGCCUCCCCUCAUCGUCCACUCGGGACCCGGGACCCCUCGAAGGCAGGCUGCGCCCCAUUUGGCUCAGAGCAGGCACCCAAAGGUCUAGUGGAUGGACUUCAUUUCCAUGCAGCCUGCAGGAAAAAGCUCUGGCUUCUGAGCCCAGAAGCCGGAAUUCAAGUCCUGCCUCUCCGUGGCAGUUGUGCCAACUUGGGCGAGUCACUUUCUCUCCCUCAUCUGCAACCGAGGAAACAGUCCAGGUGUAGUGGGCAGUUGGACGAGAUGACAUCCAGGCUUCUCUGCUGCUCUGCAGUCUCACAGCCCUGGUGUCUCUGUCCUGCCUCCCUCCCAGAGUGACAUCAGGCAGAGCACUCCUCGAGCUGGGCCCACCGAGGGCUCGCCCCAACCUGUUCUUGCAAAUAGCGUUGCCCUUUCCUGGUAGCGCAGCUCCCGGGAGGCCUCGGAGCUUCUGCUCUGCUUGCUGUUUGAGAGGGAUUUGUGCCGUGGCCGAGUGGGCCGCAAUUCUCACAUGCCCCCGAUAGCAGCUUUAUCUAAUGAGGAUGAGAUGCUUACACAUAUUUUCAUUUUAAAAAAAUCGGCUAUUAAUUUGUCAGAAUUAUUCAUAUUUUACUGAUGAUAUUUUCCAUGUAUCUAAUCAGGGAGCUCAUGAAUAGAAAUGAAACUAUUUAAAUACAGAGAUGGUGUACAUUGUAAGAUCUUGUUUUCUCAAGCUGUUUCAUAAUGCAGUGAAUACAUUUAUUUCUUCUAAAAACAGGUUUUGCAACCAUCAAAAAACAUUUUUUUAAAUCUUUGAUUAAAUAUGACUCUAUUGGAAUAUGCUAAAUUGCUGUGAGCGGGCUGUGUGCGUGUGCGCACGUGUGUAUCUGUCUGUGUGGUCACGUGAAGUAUGUGCAUUGUUUUCUGGCCUUCCCCAUAGGGACAGGAGACUGUUUUUUUUUUUUAAGUGAGAAAUCUGGAAAACACAUUUUGGGUCAAAUCUUUAGGAUGGAUAGAUGGCAAAGUGAAAGUACAAAUUGAAAUUGGGCUGAACAAUAUUCGAGAUAAUUAUUUGUACCAUGUAGACUCUUAAACUGCUCAAAAUUCCAGCAGCACUUACCUACAUUGAAAGAGGUUUAGAAUCAUUAAACAAAGCCAGAUAUUAAAUAUACUACUGCUAUCUCUAGAAACAUUAGCAAGUAAUGUAAAACACAUGGCAUCUACUCAAUGGAAAAUCUGAGAAUACAAAUUAUAAUAGUUGUCUUAUAAGACCUCUGGGAAGCUUGCACUAAAUUGCUUAAUUCCAUUAAUAACAAACUAUUACUCUAGCUAUUAAAGUAACAUAAGGUAAUAGAGAUCAUGUCGAGAGAUUGUACUGAGGCUCUUUCUUCACCUAGCACAAAUUUAUUCAGGGGCAUUGAUAGAUUUUAAUUGACUGUGGCAACUGAAUAGCAACAAAGGAAAUUGAAUGUCUUUUGAAAAGCUCCACAUUUUGUAGAAGCAAAUAGCAACACCCAAGUGCGAGUCUGGGGGAGCUGGGACAGGCAGGGAAGGACGUGGAACAUCUGCACCAGCAACUCCCUCGCAGACACGCUUUCCUGGGACCGUAAGGAAAAGCUUCUUGGGAGCCGGCACAGCGCAGGCCCGAGCAUCGUUUUCAGCUCCGUGUCCAAACUGAAAUGAAACCGAUCCCGGCUGCUGCAAAAACACAUGCUUUGUCAUGAACAUCCAUCCGGCAUGUUUCCAAGAUACAGGACUGGAGGGACCUUCGUGCCAAUCGCCGAGUCCUCUCCAGGAGUUCUGAGAACAGAGCUUGUUCCGGCCUAAAGUGACCCCUCAUUGUGACACCUAUCUAGUCCAGUGUGGCUUCUGGUGACCUGUCACCUACUUUUCUCUCUACUUCUUGAUCCUUUCUGCUCGGAUUGCCGUGGUUCUCCUGUCUUCUUCUACGCAGGUGCCACCAGGGGGUCUGUCCUGUGUCUCACAGUGCCCUUGCUCUAGCUGGUUUCAAUGACGUGGACAUGGCAAGGGCUGAUCUCCCACCUUCUCUGUUUGAAGGAAAACUCGUUUGUAAAGGGGACUGUACAAGACGUGAGGGGCUGCUGGAAGUGGUCCCUGCGGGCAGUCAGGGAGGCUGCAGGGAGGUGGAGGCAGCCCUCCAGUCACAUCCGAGCCGUGCUUGCUGGUGAGAUCAUUGCCCCCACCUGGCCCUGGGGCACAGAUCAUGUUGUCACAGAAGUGUUGAGCUUGUGUCUUCUCUGCCUGGACUUUCCCCUUUGCUUCUGUGCAUGCCUGAACAACAUCUCGCUUAAACCUGUGCAAUGCUCGUUCUCUUCUGCCCUUGGUGGCAGUGAGUGUCACAUGUCCUUGGAACCAGGGACAUUCUCUCUCCCACUCCCCAUGGAUCCUAGCUUCUCUCAGGAUAUCACAGAGGAGCUCUGGGGGCCAGCCUGCACCACACGCCACUGCCACUGUCCCCUCAGCUCCAGCAAGGGGGACGGCCCUUCUCCUCGGGGUUCUGGGUGUGACACCCAGGAGCUGGCCCUGCUCAUGGCCGUGGGCGCCUACCUCGCUGGCGCUGGGAGAGUCUAGUCCCGCCACGACUGCAGCGCGCGCAUGUGUUUGAAAACCUCCUUGGCAGGCAGGACCUCCUAAUUUUUUCCACUUCUUGUGAUUAGCGUUGCAGACUAAUCCUAGCACCAGACUCAACACCAGCUGUUCUUCCCCCACUGCUUGUUUUUACUUAGGAACCAAAUCCCGGAGCUGCUGCCGAAUUGGCCGGCCCCGCUCCUCCCUCAACCCGGGCUGCAGGCAGUCACCUGUGGCGUGACCUCAGGUGAGUUGUCUUUCUACCUGGCUGCCUGUAUCCCUCCCGAUGCCUAGGCGGCACUGCCUGGUCUCAGAGGGCAAGCAAGGUGCACCCUCGAUUCCAAAGAGGAUUUCCGCUUGCCCACUAAGGCGCCUGGAUAGCAGCAGUUCCCGGAGCCAGACUGAUCUCAGAAAGUUGGUUUUGCAUCCCUAGCCAUCAGACAGCCCUGGAUCCCACUUACAAUUUUUGAUGUAGUAAGAUUUAUUCAAAAUAUGAUAUGGAACAUGUAGAUGGGUUUUAUCACAACAAUAAAAUGAACAUACAUGAUCCAUCCCACCUCUGAACUUAAAUAAAACAUCAUCAGACUCUUGAAACUCCCUGUUUUCCUGCUCAGUUCUUCCCAAGUCCUCUUCAAUUUGGAAAGAGGUCUGCAGGAAGCGCAUGGCCUCGGCCCCUCUCUCCCCCUCCCCAGCUUGCCCUCACCUGGAGGACAUGCACCAGCCGUCUGGGGGGACCCCCAUUUGCAACAGCAGCACCACCUCUACCUUUCUGCAGGGGCUGGGCAGGAUGCAAGUCCUCAGUGGUCCUGUAGGAGCAACCAGAGCUACCCUGGGAAGUCCAGACAGGGUGGCUAGACGCAGCUCUCUCUGCUUUGUAAAUUUCCCCUUCUUCCCCUGACUUGAGAGGCAGUGCUGGGGGAAAGUUAUUUACUGAAUGCAGACAAGGAGGCUCAGGCUUCUGCAUCCAUCCAUUUGCAUUUCUAUGAGAGUCUCUCCAAUACCUGGAAGGCCCAAAAAGCAAAUCAGGGAGUGUGGCAUAUGGGACAUUUGCCCUCCAAACACUCCAGCGUCAAGAAGAAUUGCGGUUGUCAGAAAUAUGAUAUUCCUGUCAAAAGCGCAUGAAAUCAGCUCUGUAAAUUGGGAAACAUAAGUCACAGUUAUAUUUGUUCUGCAACCAUGUAAGAAUCACGAGUUUCUCAUAGGGCAGGAAAAAAAACCUAUGAGCCUUUUAGAAUGACUUAAUGUCCACUCGCAGCCACCUUCACCCGGCAGUGCUGUUCUCCUGGUAUGAAAUUUCUGACUCCCUUCAGUCCUCGAAUGUUUCUGCUGGGUUGGUUUCUUUCUUGGCAACUGCAACCACUUGAAAACAGGAUGAAACAGGUCCGGCCUCUGAUUCCCUGCGAGAAGCCGCCUCGGCCCACCGAGAUGUCCCGGCACCACAGCCGCUUCGAAAGAGAUUACCGGGUGGGCUGGGACCGCCGAGAGUGGAGCGUCAACGGGACGCAUGGGACCACCAGCAUCUGCAGUGUCACCUCGGGGGCUGGCGGUGGCACAGCCAGCAGCCUCAGCGCCCGGCCUGGCCUCCUGCCGCUGCCCGUGGUGCCCUCCCGGCUGCCCACGCCUGCCACGGCCCCCGCUCCCUGCACCACCGGCAGCAGCGAGGCCAUCACCAGCCUUGUGGCCAGCUCUGCCUCUGCAGUCACCACCAAGGCUCCCGGCAUCUCCAAGGCAGACAGUCAGUCCCAGGGCCUGGCGACCAGCAUCCGGUGGGGGCAGACGCCCAUCAACCAGUCCACACCCUGGGACACGGAUGAGCCACCCUCCAAACAGAUGAGGGAGAGCGACAAUCCAGGCACAGGGCCAUGGGUGACCACGGUGGCCGCCGGGAGCCAGCCCGCCCUGAUCGCACACUCCUAUGGAGUGGCCCAGCCUCCCACCUUCAGCCCGGCUGUGAACGUCCAGGCCCCGGUCAUUGGGGUGACCCCCUCACUGCCUCCCCACGUGGGGCCCCAGCUCCCGCUGAUGCCAGGCCACUACUCGCUCCCUCAGCCGCCCUCUCAGCCACUGAGCAGCGUGGUGGUCAACAUGCCUGCCCAGGCGCUGUAUGCCAGCCCUCAGCCCCUGGCCGUGUCCACACUGCCCGGCGUGGGGCAGGUGACCCGCCCAGGACCCACCGCUGUGGGCAACGGCCACAUGGCAGGGCCCCUGCUGCCUCCGCCGCCGCCGGCCCAGCCGUCUGCCACUCUCCCCAGCAGUGCCCCUGCCACCAAUGGGCCCCCCACAAGCGACUCAGCCCACGGGCUGCAGAUGCUGCGGACCGUUGGCGUGGGGAAGUAUGAGUUCACCGACCCCGGGCACCCCAGAGAAAUGUUGAAGGAAUUGAACCAGCAGCGCAGAGCGAAAGCGUUUACAGACCUGAAAAUUGUUGUUGAAGGCAGAGAGUUUGAAGUCCACCAAAAUGUUCUAGCUUCCUGCAGCUUGUAUUUCAAGGACCUGAUUCAAAGGUCGGUGCAAGACGGCAGCCAGGGCGGCCGGGAGAAGCUGGAGCUCGUCCUGUCCAACCUGCAGGCGGACGUCCUGGAGUUGCUGCUGGAGUUUGUCUACACAGGCUCCCUGGUCAUCGACUCGGCCAACGCCAAGACCCUGCUGGAGGCGGCCAGCAAGUUCCAGUUCCACACCUUCUGCAAAGUCUGCGUGUCCUUUCUCGAGAAGCAGCUGACCGCCAGCAACUGCCUGGGGGUGCUGGCCAUGGCCGAGGCCAUGCAGUGCAGCGAGCUCUACCACAUGGCCAAGGCCUUCGCGCUGCAGAUCUUCCCUGAGGUGGCGGCCCAGGAGGAGAUCCUCAGCAUCUCCAAGGACGACUUCAUCGCCUACGUCUCCAAUGACAGCCUCAACACCAAGGCCGAGGAGCUGGUGUAUGAGACGGUCAUCAAGUGGAUCAAGAAGGACCCUGCGUCACGUGCACAGUACGCGGCUGAGCUGCUGGCGGUGGUCCGCCUCCCCUUUAUCCACCCCAGCUACCUGCUCAACGUGGUUGACAAUGAGGAGCUGAUCAAGUCAUCAGAAGCCUGUCGGGACCUGGUCAACGAGGCUAAACGCUACCACAUGCUGCCCCAUGCCCGCCAGGAGAUGCAGACGCCCCGGACCCGGCCCCGCCUCUCAGCAGGUGUGGCCGAGGUCAUCGUUUUGGUUGGGGGCCGUCAGAUGGUGGGGAUGACCCAGCGCUCGCUGGUGGCCGUCACCUGCUGGAACCCGCAGAACAACAAGUGGUACCCCUUGGCCUCGCUGCCUUUCUAUGACCGCGAGUUCUUCAGUGUAGUGAGUGCCGGGGACAACAUCUACCUCUCAGGUGGAAUGGAGUCAGGGGUGACGCUGGCGGAUGUCUGGUGCUACAUGUCCCUGCUCGAUAACUGGAAUCUCGUCUCCAGAAUGACAGUGCCCCGCUGUCGGCACAAUAGCCUUGUCUACGAUGGAAAGAUUUACACCCUCGGGGGCCUUGGUGUGGCAGGCAACGUGGACCACGUGGAGAGGUACGACACCAUCACCAACCAAUGGGAGGCGGUGGCCCCUCUGCCCAAGGCAGUGCACUCUGCGGCCGCCACGGUGUGCGGCGGCAAGAUCUACGUGUUCGGGGGUGUGAACGAGGCAGGCCGAGCUGCGGGCGUCCUCCAGUCUUAUGUUCCACAGACCAACACAUGGAGCUUCAUUGAGUCCCCGAUGAUCGACAACAAAUACGCCCCGGCUGUCACCCUCAAUGGCUUCGUUUUCAUCCUGGGUGGGGCUUACGCCAGAGCUACCACCAUCUACGACCCGGACAAAGGAAACAUAAAGGCAGGCCCAAACAUGAACCACUCUCGCCAGUUCUGCAGCGCCGUGGUGCUCGACGGCAAGAUCUACGCCACCGGCGGCAUCGUCAGCAGCGAGGGGCCUGCCCUGGGCAACAUGGAGGCCUACGAGCCCACAACCAACACGUGGACCCUGCUGCCGCACAUGCCCUGCCCGGUGUUCAGACACGGCUGCGUGGUGAUAAAGAAAUACAUUCAGAGCGGCUGACGUCGGCCGCGCGCCCGGGCGGGACUGCGGGCUAGUCUGCUGAGGCAAACGCUACACACAACGAUGAUUUUUCAGCGACGCCAACGAGAGGCCAGCGAAACACGAUCCAGGAACUCACGAUGCUAAACAUUUUGAAUAUUCUCUACAGUGAAUGUAGAAAAUCAUCCUUGCCUUUGGGGUGAAACGGGGCACGGCGCCCCGAGCAGCGGAACCGCGCACGCGCCACGCCGGGGUGGCCGGCUGCCGCGGAGGCGCCCGCUCCGAGCCGGGGCGCCCGCUCUGCCCGGUGCAAUAGAGUUUCACAUAUUUUUCAGCUGGGAGAGAGAAGCUGUUUUUUUCUUUCCUGCAGAGCAAGCUUGAUCCCUAAACAACCAUAGAUCAGUUAUCCUAUGACAAUAUUAGGCAUCAGGCUCUCUUGGAAUAAGAUCAAAGUGUCCUUAUCACUUUGAUUCCUACUUUUGUUUUUUAACCAAUCUACACUUUCAGUGGCCAAGAGAAAACGAGGGACAGACUGUGCGUCAGGAGUCCGGCGCCCGUGCGGGGCCGGCUGGGGAGAGCUGCCUGCCCGCCGUCACGGGCGCUUCUGCCAUGUUUUUGCUGGAGGACAAGGUGAUUGUGCUAGCUUUCUCUUACCCAAUAUGAAUUAUUUAGAUUUCUGAGGCAUUUUCUUGAUAAACAAAAGGCUAUUUUUAAGUACUGAGAGAAGGAGGAGGCCACAAGAGGGAUAAUGUUGUGGGAAUUCCCAAAGCUCUUUGUAGGUAGUGCCAGAGGGGGGCCUUUGCUCUCAUUUUUCUAUGUGCAGAAUAGAGGAUCUCUCCUGGGGUGGGCAAUGCCCCCGUUUUAUUUUUAGAAGAAGUAACUCCCAGACAGCCCCAUGAAAGCCGUGCCUCGUGGAGGCAUUACCCAAGGAAGAAGAGUCUGUUCUAGAAGGAAAGAAACCAGUUCUGGCUCGCGCCACCCAUCGGGCUCCCUCCGCGAGGCAACGCAGAGGACCCAGAACAGGCAGGAAGGGACGGAGGAGGGGGGAGAAUAAAUGUCUACAAAGCACAGGAGACUAUUUUUGAUAUUUAUAGCUAUAUAUUAAGGCUCCUGCCACGAGAGCUCUCAGGAUGGGGACAGCCUUCUUAGCCGAGCCGUGGCAGCCCAGGCCUGGGGGGCGCGAGCAGAAUCUCUCUUCUUGUCACACACGAACCUGCGGAAAGGGAAGCCAGGAGGGAGGUCACACCAUGGCUCAAAAGAGAACGGCCUUCCUGCUAGUCCUUAGCCCCUCAAACCUCACACGGUCAUCAGUUUCCAUUCCAGGCGGGAAGAGCGCCGCCGCCACUGCGCUGUUGAGUGGAAGUUGGUACCAAAUACACAUUUACCACUUUUAUAUCUGGGAAAUCAACUCGCCGUCGUUUCGUGGUAACAACCAUUUAUAAGGAGAAAAAAGACAGGACGCGCUUUCCAUCUUUCAGUAUUUGAGGACACGAAAUUCCAAUCCUAAUGUCGGGCAUCAACUUCUAGCACUACAAAGUGUGGCUCCCACUUGGACAGGAUACCGAGCUUCGUUAUGCAGUUUUUAAUAUUAUUUAUUAUUUUAAAAAGUAAUAAGCACAAAACUACAUACAUUGUAUGUCAUUUAAAGUAUUUAUGUCAAACAGGGUGCAAGUGUGAACCCAAGGACUGGAGCACAAAUUUCUAACUGCCCGGGGCAGGGCGGAUGUUAGCAUUGGUGUGCGUCUGCCUCCAAAGGAGGUGCUAGUGCUCGAGACUCCACACAGAUGACAUUGAAAUUCCGUUUCUCUCCUCAUCUAUCACACUGGAGCAAAACUGGCUAUUUCUGUGAAUGAUAUAAAACAGGGUUCUCUGUAAUGGUAUUGUACAUAGUAUAUGUUUAUUGUUAAGUUCUUGUUAUAUUAUAAUAAAUAUAUUUAUAGAUCUAGA